CUAAUUAGUCAGAGCAAUUAAUAUGACCAUAUCCCUUGUAUGUGAGUUUAAUUUUCCCUCCAUUCAAAUUAGAACAAAAGGUUAUGUUGGAUUUUAUAAUUAUUCAUUAUCCCAUACAAUUUUGUAUAAUUAGAGACUAGUAAGCUGGAGUGAUCAAUGCUUCCUUGCUGUCAACCGUGUUGAUAAUGUGUGGGCGUAUGGAUAGAAUAGUAAGUGAGAGGCUGUCCUUAGUUUUCUCGUCUGUAUACAAGGACUUGUUGAAGAAGUUGUCCAUUGGGUACCUUUGAUGGUCAAACCCCUCUUCCCUGGACAAGGGGACGUCCUAGGGUUGAUCUCAUAUAUAGGACGUCCUCAAGCACACAACGAUCAUGGAACAUCAACCAAAUCAGGCGGCGCCGCUGGUAUUCCACUCUCAAGCGUCAAAAUUAGCAUCACUACAUGUACAUGUCCAAAAACUCCCCCACCACCAACCUUAACAACUCCCACCUCAAAAUAACCCUAAUAUUAAUUCCCACAUCAACAUUAUUAACAAAGGACCUAGUCCUGAUCAUGAAGCAGGUAAUCAUCAGGCAAACCCCUCUUCCUCUUCCCACAAAAAUGCCGGAAUAUCACGCCCUUACCAUCAGGCAGAUCACGAUCACUAUCAUCAUCAACAUGCCCGGCCAUUACAUGUACAGUUGCCACCCUCAAACCUCCAUAGUGCUAAUCUCAUCUUGUACCAGCAGAUUAAAUUGGCCUCACCAUAAUUACAACGCGUUUGUACCCUCAGCUCCACGCCCGCCUUCACGUACAUAUUAUCCUCCUCCUCAUCAUCAUUGAGCUGCUUCGGCUGAUGCAUUUAAUCAUUUUCAUCAUCAUCACCAUCGAGCUGAUUCUGCUGAUGCAAUAAAUUAUAGUACACACCAAGUGCUUUUUCCUCCUCCGGCUGCCUACCAAAUUGUUCCUCAUCAGCAGCUACAGCUGCAGUAUCAUAAUCAUGCUUCCGCGGCAAGAAAUCAACUGCAGCCGGUGUUGCAUUAUAACAAUCAUUUUGCUGAAACAGGAAUGCCCAUCCAAAACAUUGAGUACGUACCAGUGCCGCUAACUCCGGCAGGCAUUGACGGAACUUGGAAAACGGGGCUCUUUGAGUGCAUGGACGGUCCCCCAAAUGGUGCUUCCAAGUCCCAAGUUAAUUCAUCCUUAUUCUCUAGUUCAUACUACUUAUAUUGAACUGUUCAACUUCUAAUUACACAGACUUCUUGUGAUAAAACUGUUUGAAAUGGUACCAGGCAUAUUGUUUUUGGUUGAUAAAGAUUGAAACUUUGAAUAAGGGUUUUAAGAGAUUUGUGUUUUUUCAAGAGAGAAAAAGGAAGAGCAAGAGUCUGUGUAUUUUUCAUAUAUCACAAAAAGGCAAACAUACAAAGACUAUAUUUAUCACAGCUGGUCUAAAAACUGAUCCUACAUAUAGGGACCUAGAACCCUUUUCCGGCCAUUAAUGGUUAUCGGAGGAUAUCAUCCAUCCACUUGGAAGAAGAUGGGAAAGCUCAGUACAAUUAAAAAGAUAGGAACACCAGCUGUAAUCUUUCUAAAACUAGUAAAAGAAACUAGCCGUUGAAAUUAAUGGCUCCUUCUAAUUUUGGUAAAGCCUUCAUUUCUUCACACUUCUCAGCCUCCCUUUUGAUUUCAUCUGCAGGAUUAUCUUCUGCAGGUUAAUUCUAAAGCUAGGAUGCAGCUUAAUUCUCAACAAAAACUCCACAUACCUUUCAUACUGAGCAGGUUUAAGAUGAAAUUAGUUGAGAGACAGUAACAGUAUGAUUACGAGUUGGCCAUAGGCUGUCUCUUUGAAAUUUUGGCACUAUUACUUCUAACUAGUGCUAGCUACAUUAUGUGUUUUCUAGAUAUAAAACUGCUCCCAACUUUCUUUUACAGUAAUUUGCAGUAGACAUUCAUGAACUAUUUCUUGUUUUGAUUAUUUCAGCUCUCAUGACGUUAUUGUGCCCAUGCUGGACGUUCGGUCAGAUUGCAGAGAUUGUCGAUAAUGGUCCAAGCUCUUGUGCAACCAAUACACUGAUUUGCAUGUUGGUCAUGUUGUGCAUCUUUGUGCCAUGCUUGCUAUCGUGCACAUACCGGAAAAAGCUAAGGAACAAGUUCGAUCUGCCCGAAAGCCCUGCUCCGGAUUGCGUCAGUCACUUCUUAUGCGAGUGGUGUGCUCUUUGCCAAGAACAUAGGGAGCUCCAGCUCAGAGGCCUGGACCCUUCUUUGGGAUGGGUAGGAAACAUGGAGCAAAUUCAGAGGAUGCAGCAAAAGCGGCAAGCUGCUGUGAAUCCACCAGCUACCCAAAGAAUGACGGGUUAUUGAACAAAACACGAAGUGUAGCAACUUCAGUCAUGACAUGCUCGCCGUGAUUUUCGAUCCACCGAUGAAGAUGCUUCGGUUUUCCGUUCGUGGUGGAGGGAUGGAUCAUCCGUGUAUAUACGUUCGAUGUGAAUGAAAAUUUUGUGCUUAUCGU